CUGAACAAAAACUCCACGGUAGCUCAGUAAUGGAGGUUUUGAGGGCACAAAUGUUGUGGGUGAGCCAUUAAUCGACUAAUUUUUGAUAUGAGAAACUAGAAGGAAUUCAGUAAUAAGAGUAAUAGAAAUAAUAAUGAGAACAAAUUACCAUAUAAAAUAAUGCUAAUAUGUUUUUGGUUCAGGAUUUUUCUGAAACUUGUUUAAGCAGGAAAAAGGCAUAGAUUUACCAACACUUAGAAAUUGUAAGUGUAUCUAAAGAAACAAGUGAGCGGCAUUGAGAAAAUGAAGAGAAGUUAUCCCUUUGGCAGCGAAAAAGGAAAGAAGAAAAAAGAAGAGGAAGAGAAAAGAAAGCAAGAAAGUGAUACUACUCCAGACCUGAGACUGAUUCUCGUUGGAUCACAGUGGUACGCAGCUGACUCAGUUGCAAACACAAUCUUAGGAGGAAGCUUUAAAUGGGGGAGAAGAACUGCUCAGAGUGUGACACACACAGCCCAGGUGAAUGGAAAGGUAAUCCAGCUGGUGAAGGCUCCUGUGUGGUUUAGGGGUUACCAUCUGUGUGAUACAGCAGAACUUGUGAAGGAGGAACUUGUCCUCAGUGUCACCCACUGCAAACCAGGACCCCAUGCUUUUAUUCUGCUGGUUGAGGCUGACUUGCCGUUCACAGAUGCUUGUGCCAAAGCAGUAGAGGCUCACUUAGAGCUUUAUGGAAAAGAUGUGUGGAACCACACUGUUGUACUCUUCACCUGUGUGGAUUAUCUGGGAAAUUCAGACUCUGAGGAUUACAUUGCUGGUGAAGGGGAAGGCUUGAUACAGCUCCUGAAGAGAUGUGGACAAAGAUUUGUGUGUGACCACACAGAGGAACGUCAAACUUUAACUCAAAGGCUUCUGGAAAAGGUUGAGAAGUUGGUGGAGAGGAAUGAGGGAAGACAUUUUGAAAUUGAAGAGAAAGGACUGCAGAGAAUUCUCCAAAAGAGGGAAGAAGUAAAAAUGAGAGCAGAAAGCAGAAGACAAAGAAGAAUCAAAGAGAAGGAAACACAAGAGAAGGAGUCAGGAACAUCCAUAUCAGCUGUAACCAUCAUCUUGCUGGGCUGGGUUUUUGCAUCAAAAACUACUGUAGGUAGUGCCAUUCUGGGUAUCCCCAAAGACGAGGGGAGAACAGAAAAAUGUGUGAAACAAACUAAAGUCAUAGGAAAACGACAACUGAAGGUGACUGUGGUGGAUACUCCUGGAUGGUGGAAAUAUUUUCCUGCCAAUUUGGUACAGACUGCCAUCAGAUCAGAGAUCAUGAAGGCAUUAGAUCAGGACGAGGAAACAACCCACACAUCUGCCACAGAAAACCCUCAAGACCAAGUUUCAUCAGGUCGAGCCUUCCUCCUGAUGGUCCCAGCCAACACUUCAUUUACUAAUGAACAGAGGAAGAUCAUAGAAGAUAAUAUGAGACCUUUUGGUGAGACAAUUUGGCAAAACACCAUUCUGGUCUUUACCGAAAGUACUUGGCUGGGAGAGUACCACAUAGAGCAGCACAUCGAGAGUGAAGGGGAAGCUCUCACCUGGCUUGUAGAGAAAUGUGGGAACAGGUACUUUGCCUUAAAAAAUGACACAGAGGAGCAGAGUAUCAUGAAAACUCAGAGUGAAGAGCUGUUAGACAUGGUUGAAGAAAUGUUGUCCAGAGGUCAGAGCAGUCCAAAGAAGGAGACACGGCAGACAGCAGAAAUCAAAGACCACGCAGAAGCUAGUGAGGGACCAGUUGAUGAGGACCUGAAGAAAAUUGCAGACCAGCUCCACAGAAUGUGGGACUGGAAAUCAUGGGACAUUGAGGAAGUUAUGGUGAGAUUUGAUGAAAGACCCAUGGAAGACUGCACAUGUGAUGAAGACAGCAUGAAGCGUCAUUUUUUUGAUUUUCAGAGAAGAGAGGUGGAAAAAGUGCUACGAGAGGAACUGAGAGGAAAAAGCUUAGAAGAGAUGUUGAAUAUUCUCUUUGAACUCUACCUUCGUAGAGAAUGUGGAGCCUUUGAUAUUGUCUCCAUCAUUUGUGAGAAGGAAGCAAUCAAACCUGAAGGGAAGCAGCUGUUUGAGAGAGAGUGGAGCAGGAGAGAAGUGGAACUGAUGGAUUUUGUCUUUAAAAGACACUUUUCUGCUAAUCGUCCCAGACGAGCUGCUGCUGUUGUUGCUGACACUACUGAGAAGAUAGAUGUGUCUGCAUGGAUUAAGAACCAAAUCCGUAGAGUCCUCAAAGAAAAUAACCAGUAAUUCAAUAUCACGGUGGUGGGUUGCAUUGUAGAAGGUAUUGAAUUUCCAUCCAAGCUUCAUUCAAAAGUAACUACAUUUAUUCAAAGUUAUAUAUAUCAUGUUUGUAUAAGUUACAACAGCAAUAUGUUCAUAUAAGUCAUAAAUCUCAUCACUAUCCAGUAAUGACUUCCAUUUUUGAUGUCUGAGUCUUUUCAGAGCUGUAGAUUAAGUGGAUUUUCUCUCAGGUAACUCAGUUAACACAAGCUAAAGAAAACUACUUUUUUUACUGUGACUUUGAAGCGAGGUUAUAUGACUGGUCGUCCAUUUGUAUAAAUAUUUCUCACCUGACUCUUCACAUUAAGUAACUUUUACUCCUGUAGUCUGUAAGAAGAGUGGCCAUAAAGGCCUGGAUGUAGCUACUGUGCUUCUAACUUUUGUUUGUUCUCACACCAUGGCAAAAGUCAAAGUGUCUCGUUUUUGUAUGUUUUCUAAGCGUCCAACAGUCAAUAUUGUGUUUCUAUCUGUUUUAUUCAGGAAUGAAUAAGUAGUUGAACCUUUAAAAGUGAGGUACGCUAACUGUAUUCUUGUUGGCUUGAGCCAUGUUGUGCUGCCUCACCAGUCACUUUGUGCUCAGCUUUGAGUAGAUACAUAAAAAAUUAUUUAGAUAUGCCUUAGAUUUUACUGGAGGUUCUGUAUCAGUUAAGGAGAUAAGCUUAAAAUUUAUGAAGUCUAAAUAGAUAAUUGUAAAAAAAAAAAAAUAAUAAUAAAAAUCAGUCAUAUCUGGUUAAAUCAAUUGUAUGCAGCUUUUUACGAUCAAUAAAUCAUUUCCACAUUCA